UUGCUUUACUCUACAACGGCAGUCCUUGUGAGGUAGGUCGCUCAAGGCUCGCAACCCUUUCAUUAACUCCGCAUAUCACAACGGGCACAAGUCAAGCCUCAGAAUUUCAACGUGCCUCGAGUGUAAUUGGAAAUACGGAAGCUGCGUCAACCGCCACACUGUACCACGGCGGACGUAACGAAGUGCAUCGUGAAAUUGUCGCAUGACAAAGGAACUUUGAUUGAUCCCGAAUGAAAUUCAUGAAUUCAACUAUUCGAAUUUAAAGAGUUGAACUCGUUCCAGUGGCAUGUCAGAAAAAAUGUACUAUUGGGGGGAGGAACGGGAGACGGGGGACUCGGAGCAGACCUUCAUCGAGUUCAAGGCGAAGCCCUCGUCAGCAGGAGAGUCGUCGUCACGAGCGAUCCCGAAGAUGGUGGUGUCGCCGCCGCAAGGGGAGAUAGCGGGCGCUGGUAGUCGGGGUGAGGACGCGGAACGCGGUGGCUGGGACAACAAGCUGGACUUCCUUUUCUCGUGCAUCAGCGUCUCAGUUGGCCUCGGAAACGUCUGGCGGUUUCCUUACCUCUGCUACAAGAACGGAGGAGGUGCUUUCCUCGUCACUUAUGGAAUCGCGAUGAUCUUUUGCGGAAUUCCGAUAUUCUUCCAAGAGGUUGCGAUCGGUCAGUACCUCGGUGCCGGUGGAAUGACUCUCGUUGGUCAGCUGUGCCCUCUUCUCCAAGGUGUCGGCUACGCGACCAUGACGAUCGUUUUCUUCCUGGACGUUUACUACUGCAUCAUCAUCGCCUGGACCUUGUUCUACCUGAUCGCAACCUUCGCCAAUCUUCCCGGACUGCCUUGGAGCGGUUGUGGAAACUGGUGGAACACUGAAAACUGCUUCAGCGCUGAGGAAGCUAUUCAGGAUCACGAGAAACACGCGAACACGACGACGUCGACGCUGAACAAUCAGACCGUGCAUCACACAACGCCGGUUGAGGAGUAUUGGGAUCGACGCGUUCUUGGAAUAACUGGAGGCAUCGAGGAAAUCGGUGGAAUGCAGUGGGAACUCCUGGGGUGUCUAGUUUUAGGCUGGCUACUAGUCUACGCGAUAAUACGACGCGGGCUUCACCAGAGUGGCAAGAUCAUCUGGUUCUCAGCCCUUUUCCCGUACGUGGUACUCUUCAUUCUUCUCGGGCGUGCCGUGACCUUGGACGGUGCUGCGGAUGGACUUCUUUACUACGUCACACCGCGAUGGGAGAAGCUACUGACUCCUGGACCCUGGAUCGACGGUGCGACGCAGAUAUUUUUCGCUUACAGCAUCGGUACCGGGGCUCUUCCGGCUCUAGGAUCGUACAACAAGUUCCAUCACAACUGUUACAAGGACGCUCUGAUCACCUGCGUUGUCAAUACUCUGACCUGCCUGCUGGCCGGCUGCGUCACCUUCUCAAUCCUCGGCCAUAUUGCCAUGGAACAGAACACCAAGGUAUCCGAAGUCGUCAAGAGCGGACCUGGCCUCGUGUUCCUAACUUAUCCUGAAGUCGUACUCAAGCUGCCUGGAGCACCGAUUUGGGCGAUAAUAUUCUUCGUCAUGCUUAUAAUUCUUGGCAUAGACAGCGAGUUCUGUAUCGUGGAAUCGUUCAUCACCGGUGUCGUUGACAAUUGGCCCGACACCCUUCGCCCUCAUCGUAACAAAUUUACGGUCGCCAUAUGCUUGCUGAUGUUCUGCAUGGGGGUUCCCAUGGUCACGCACGGUGGAGUAUAUAUCUUUCAGCUGAUGGACUUCUACUCGGCAAGCGGAAUGUCGAUCCUCUGGGUUUGCUUCUUUCAGACAAUAGCGAUAUCUUGGAUAUUCGGUACUCAGAAAUUUUGCGACUGUGUCCAUCAGAUGAUGGGUAUUCGUCCAAAUAAAUUCUGGUACAUAUGUUGGCUUGUUUUUGCCCCGGUUGUUAUGGCGUUCAUAUUCGUAUUUCAAUGCGUCCAAUACAAGCCCUUGAAAUACGGCAGCACUUACGAAUAUCCAUUGUGGGCUGAGGUGGUUGGAUUCAUUCUGAGUUUCUCGUCGAUGAUUUGGAUACCAGCUUACGCCGUGUACUACGUCAUUGCAUCGCCAGGAUCGUUCAAAGAGAAUAUCCUGAAGGGAUUGAAGCCUAACAUAAAAUCCAGAGCGAAACUACCAAAGGGUGAAAAAUCGGCGAUCAUUCCUAUGUCUGAGAGUAGUGCCGGUCUGAUUUCCAAAAACAACAGUUUUCUCAGUCAGUAACGAUACCCGAACGAGCCCGCAGGGCGUUUGAUAGGAUAUACCGAAGUGUGAUGGGGUUUUAUGUGUGUAUACGUAUAUCUGUAUCUCUGCACACCCAUAUGUACAUGCGUAUAUUCAUAUAAAUACCACGUGGGGAUUCCGCCUUGUUUGUGCAGACAUAAGGCAGUGAUACAAAACGCAGUAUUAC